AUGGAAUGCCAACGGAUUAAUACAAAGGAGCUUAAAACAUUCCUAAUAGAUCACAAUAUAGACAUAAUGCUUAUCUCAGAAACUCAUUGCACAAAAAAGUGUUACUUAAAAAUUCCAAGAUACAGUAUUUAUGACACACAACAUCCGGAUGGCACCGCUCAUGGAGGAACAGCAAUAAUCGUGAAAUCAACAAUAAAACACUACGUAAAUGAGAGAUAUCAAAAAGAUUACCUCCAGGCAACUAGUAUUACAGUGGAAGAUCAGAUCGGGCCAAUAACGUUAGCAUCGGUAUAUAGUCCCCCGAAGCAUAUAAUAAAACAAGAACAAUACACACAUUUCUUCAAAACUCUAGGAAACAGAUUUAUUGCUGGAGGUGAUUACAAUGCUAAGCAUCCUUGGUGGGGUUCAAGAUCUCAUAUACCCACUCCGAAGGGACGACAACUGUAUCAAGCCAUACUGGGAAAUAACCUAAAUGCUCUAUCAACAGGCGAACCAACGUACUGGCUUACAGAUCGGAGGAAGGUACCAGAUGUAAUAGAUUUUUGCAUAACAAAAGGAAUAUCAGAACACUACUUAAAAAUAGAAUCGUGCUUGGACUUGUCCUUCGAUCAUUCUCCAUUGGUAGUCACUGUAAGUUCACAGUUAAUAAAUAAAAAAUUACCAUUCUCCUUUCACAAUAAAAAAACCAACUGGAAAUUAUAUAAAAAAACUGUAAAUGACCAAAUUUCAUGCAAUAUACCUCUCAAAACAGCUGAAGACUUAGAACUAGCAGUAAAUAAAUUUAAUACAAUAAUACAAGGAGCAGCAUGGACGGCCACUCCUGAGAUUAAAUCAAGGGAGACACAAGUUGAAUGCACAAUAAAUGUGAAAGAUAAAAUAAUAGAAAAAAGGAAGCUUAGAAAAGUAUGGCAAACAACGCGUUCCCCUCACGACAAAGCAAAGUUGAAUAAAGCAGGAAAACAAAUAAAACAAUUACUAAACGAGGAAAAAAACAAAGCGAUAGAAGACUAUUUAAAAAAUCUCUCAGCAUCCGAAGCAACAGACUAUUCCUUGUGGAAGGCCACCAAAAAAAUAAAGAAUCCACAACAAUCGAUACCGCCUCUACGACUAUUAAAUGGUAAAUGGGCUAGAAGCAGUAAGGACAAAGCGAAAUUAUUUGCUGAACAUCUUGUAAAAGUAUUUAAGCCAUUCCCUCCAAAAUCCGCAGAAGACAUAGAAGAAGAAGAAAAAAUUCAACGUUAUCUGGAAGCGCCUUUACAAAUGGAAAUGCCCAUCAAGAAUAUAAAAAUUAAAGAAGUAAGCAACAUGAUAAUAAAGGAUCUAAAUGUAAAACAAGCACCUAGUUAUGACCUGAUAACAGGCAAAAUGUUAAAAGAACUGCCACAAAAAGCUUUGAGACUACUAACAAUCAUUUAUAAUGCAAUAUUAAGAUUAAGUUAUUGUUCGUAA